AGAAAACCCAGUCAGGUUUAUACCGUUGAAAAAGCACAGCUUCCUUUCUCCAUCUCCAUCUUUACCUUCACUCUCUCUCGAUUUCUCCGCCGCCGUAAUGGCCACCGGCCUCCUUCCCUCCGGAACCCUCGCCGUCAAGGCCGCCGCCUCCUCCUCCUCCAACAACAACAAGUGGCUGGCCCCGAUCUUCGGCUUCUCCUCCGACCCGGGCUACAUUGACUCCGCCGGCGGCAGCAGCGGCAAGGUCGCCUACCCCAGGAAGGCCGACUUGGAGGGCUCGGGCUCGAGCCUGUCCGCGGCGGGGAGGUCCCGCCCCGACCCGAUCCGGUUCACGGAGGAGAAGGCGCGGCUCCUCAGGCUCAUGACCUCCGAUGCGGCCUCCCGCCACGACGCCAUGUAUCACUCCGCGAUCGCCUCCCGCCUGGCUUCGGACUUCGGGAACCGGACCGAUCUGUAAUCCGGCCGGGCCGGACCAUGUUAACAUCAGUACGAUUGUCCCUCUAUAACAUCUUUAGGACACACUUUUAGUUUUUUUUUUCCUUGGCCAGAUGUCGUUCCGAGUCGUAAUAUUCCGGAUCAUGGGUGGGAUGUGGUGAUAUAAGGACAGCGAAGGUUACGUGAAAUGGGUGGAUUAAUCUUUGUGAUCACCUAUCAAUUUAGUUGGAUAUUUGAUGUAAUGUACAUAUUUAAUAAUGUUUAAUAUAGUUUAAAUAUUUGACCA